AUUAGAAGUUCUCUGGCAGCAGGCGCGUACCUUCCUCCGGUUUUACCUAUGAAUGCUAAGCUAACAUCCGUAAUUUUUCGUUAAUUUUACGCAGGAAACCGCUUCCAUGGAGACUAUAAACGCUAAAUACGUAUCCCAGAAAAUCAGCAAAACGAGAUGGAGGCCAGUGUCACAUUCUUCUCUGCAGCCGCCAGAAAUCUUUGCGACUGGCUCGUGGGACAACGAGGACAAUAGGAUUUCCAUUUGGUCCAUUGGGAGUAAUGGAAGUACUGGUAUGGAAGAUGGGUUUGAAGGAGACCCGCAACUUAUAUGUGAACACAAGCAUGAUGGAGAUGUUCUUGACCUUCAGUUUUUGGACCAGAACAGAAUCGUCACAGCGUCAUCAACAGGAGCAGUUACCAUCUUUCGACAUCACCAGAACAGUCAGACAAUUUCAAUUUCUCAACUCUGGGCGAGAGCACAUCGUUACCCCUGCGACAAUGCUCCCUGUACCGGCGUCGUGUGCAGCAGUCCAGAGAUCGUUACGGUGGGUGAAGAUGGCAGAAUUAUCGUCUUCAGAGCCGACCAGGAAGGAGUGGUUCGAGUCAUAGAAAAUGCAGACAGCAGCACAAUUCAUGCAGUGACUUAUCUGAGGACCACAGAGAUUUUGACGGUGAAUUCCAUCGGCCAGCUCAAACUGUGGGACUUCAGACAACAAAGCAACUCACCAUCCCAGAUUCUCUCCCUAACAGGGGAUCGUGUUCCUUUGCACUGCGUGGACAGACAUCCGAAUCAGCAGCACAUCGUGGCCACAGGAGGCCAGGACGGCAUGCUCUGUGUGUGGGAUGUGAGACAAGGCAGCACACCCUUCUCACUGAUGGAGGCACACACGGCUGAAAUGUGGGAGGUUCACUUCCACCCAACCAACCCGGAUCACCUGUUCACAUGUUCAGAGGACGGCUCACUGCUGCACUGGGAGACAUCCUCCCAUUCAGACAUGCCCUCCUUCUUACAAGGGGGCAGAAACAGCAGCAUGGUCUCCCGCAGUGCGAUGGCCCCAGCCGGAGGGAACCAGUCCCUGAUCAGUGCCUGGCUCAGUGGAGACUCCAGCAAAGGCCGCCUGGAGACGACUCACAUGCUGCCAAGCCAGACGCUGUCUGUCAACAGCCUGGACGUGCUCGGACCGUGUCUCGUCUGCGGUACCGACGGAGAGGCCAUUUUUGUCAACAGACAGGUCCUGAUUUAAAAGAGAUGUUAUUUCCUUGGACAGGAUGUGGAUGAAGAUGUUUAUUUGGUGUCAGCUUCAGGGUCAUACAGGAGGCCUAAAAUGAUGAGGCUGUUGGCUUUAUUUCCACAUUUGUCUUUUUCAUUGCGGGCAGAAUCGUUCAACCCAACAAUGCUUUUUGUACAGAUGACAUUUAAAACUGUUAUAAAAUAA